CAGGUCACUUUCAACAUGGAGAGUGGAGCAGGGAAGCAUUGGACUGAGGAGGAGGUUAAAGCCUUGUUAAGCGUCUGGUCAGAAAAAAACAUCAGAAAGCAACUCCAUGGCACCCUGAGGAAUAAAGGGAUAUUUAUCUACAUUGCUAAACGGUUGCAGGAGUUAGGAGUUUGCAGGGAUUGGAAACAGUGCCGUGCAAAGUACAAAAACCUCAAGUAUGAAUACAGAACGGUUAAAUAUGCCCACAACUCUGGGGAUGUCACUAAAACCAUGAAGUUUUUCCAUGACCUGGAUGCCAUAUUGCGAUAUGAACCUGUCACACAAUUAGCGGCAGAAGAGAACGGCAUGGGUUCUGUGACUGAGGCGCAGCUGAACACGAGCCCCACAGCCGAGAGCACGCAAGGUGAAAUAUCAAUUUCUUUAGAAGAUGAUGAGGAUGCUCCAGGAGAUCCACUACUUUUUAUGUCUCAUGUCAGACCUGUUCAACUAGGUAAUCCAGCGUCAGCAAUAGAGGCUUCCAAAACGUCGACUUUUAUCCCAACAGUAGCAAAUGAAGGAGGAAAACACUGGACUGUUAAUGAAGUCAGAGCUUUGAUACGCAUAUGGUCAGACAAAAAUAUCCAGCAACAACUAGAGGGGACAGUGAGAAAUAAAAGAAUAUUCGAACAGGUUGCUGCUAGACUUCAAAAGUUCGGGAUUGACAGGGACUGGAAGCAGUGCAGGACUAAAUACAAAAAUCUGAAACAUGAAUACAAGAGUGUAAAAAGUGCCCAAGACUCAGGGAGUGCAAGAAAAAGUAUGAAAUUUUUUAAAGAACUGGAUGCUAUUCUGGGCCACAGCACCAUGGAACAAGCAAGUAAAUCACAUAAUGAUGAAAGUGAGAGGCCUCCAGAAGGGACAGAAGCAAAAUCAGAAAAGAACUCCAUAGAAAUGCCUGGAGACACAGGUGAAGAGGACUCUGUUAGUAAUAUGUCAGAAGACCUACAGGUUGCAGAUAUAAAGAAAUUUUCUGACUCAGAAAUCCUUGAAGAUGAGGGGGAUUUUGCCAAUUCCACUCCGGCAGGUCUGGAAGCUACAAAAAUAAAGAAGGAGACGAUUGACAUAGAUGAUGAUUCUAUAAGCACUACUUCAGAAGACAGAUCUUGUACACCAGUAGCAAAACGGAUGGUCGGGACAGACAGUCAUGUUCCCUUGGAAGAAGCACAAAAUCACUUUAAAGUUAUUACAGUUAACGAUACUGGAGCAGGAAAACACUGGAGUGAUAACGAAGUCAGAGCUCUGAUAAACAUAUGGUCGGAUGAAAAGAUACAACAAAUGCUUGAAGGGGCCACAAGAAAUAAAGAAAUAUUUGAGGAAAUCGCCCGAAGGUUAAUGAAACGUGGCAUAGACAGAGACUGGAAACAGUGCCGCACAAAGUACAAGAACCUAAAAUAUGAAUACCGUGCACUGCAGAAGGAAAACGAGCACCUUGGUAAUCCCAGGAGAAAAAUGAGAUUCUAUGAUGAAGUUGACUGUAUCUUAAGAAGACAGCCGAUGGGUCCCUCAAGCUGGGGAUGUGAAAGUUCAAGUCUCCUAUCAGUUUCAGUGGGAGAUGUAACAGUAAACACAGGAUCCUUGAGUAUCAAGAGAAAACCAUGGACUGAUGAGGUGUCACCUGUUCCACUUAAGAAAAGUGCUUCUGAAAACGCCAUACUCCACUUCCAAAAGCUAUUAACAGAGAGAGUGCACACAGUAACAGAAGGCAAAAAGUUACUGUUAGAAAGGCUUUGUAAGCAGGAGGAAAUGCAAGACCUCAACAGAACACAGCGGUAUGCUGAUCCAUCAGCCAUACAACAGGUUGGUUUAAUGAACUUUUUAACUAAAUUAGCAUGCAAAGAGAUUCUCUCAGAUAGUAGAAAAUUAGACAGACAUAUUUAUCAGUGUAGAUCACCCACAUGGGUGUAUGCUUUCUCCCCUUUAAUAUAUUCACCUUCUGUCAGCAGUCCCGACGUGUGUGAACUACAUUUCACACGAGCAUUCCGAGUGACGCCAGGAAUGCCGGCCGGGCAUGCCGCGCCGUCGGCGGGAGGUCAGCGCCUGCCUGUCACCGCUGCGGCGGGGCUGGGACUGGGCGAUGGGCGCAUCCCCGCCGCCACGCCGGGGGCUGCGCGCACGGAGGUUCCCGGGCAGCGCGGGACGCGCGCACGCACGUCCGAGAGCGGCUCCGUCGGCGAUGCCGGCCCGGGACUCGGCGGGGCAUGCCUUGCUCUCCGCCAAAGGGAUGCUGCCGGGUCUCCCGGCCGGAGCGGAGCAGGAGGAAGGGACGGGACGCUCUGGAGCGGACAGGCCCCCGCCGCUCGCCUCCCACCCCGCUCCUGCCGCCGCCGGUUGCACAUGCCGAAGCGGAACCCCGACCACCGCGGGGCAGCCGCAGCGGCCCGGCCCGCUGCGGAGCCGGUGUUUUGGGACGGUGACCCUCUCCAUCCCGGUCCCGACUCCCGUGCCCCCUCACUGCCUUACCUGUGCUGCAGCCCCACCAGCCCCAGCGUGAUCACAUGGGGCACGUCCAGCUCGGUGGGCCACACACCGGAGGCGAUGCAGCCGAACACGCCGCACUCCUCCCGGAUGCCCAGCUCCUCCAGCUCCAUGGCGCGGCCGGCACGUGGCGGCGCGGCCCCGCUCGACGGCCCCGGUCCCUCUCCCGCUGCGGCGGCUCCCGCGCGCUCCUGCCUGCGCUGCGCGCAGCCAACAGCGCCGCGCGGGGCCGGCAGUAGCCUGGCGAGGCGGGCUCCCUCAUUUACAUACGGGGGGACCCUCCCCGGCCCUGGCCCCGCGCCCACCGCACGCCGCAAGGCGGGGGCUCGCCCUCGGGGCGGCAUUGGCCGGGAAGCGGGGCCGGGGCCGGGGCCGUGUUUGCACUGGGAGGAAGGCGCCCGGCCGGGGCUCGCCCGCGGAACGCGGCGGGGCGGAGAGGGGCGCGUGUCUGCUGCCGCUCCCGCCGCCGUAGCCAUGGCCCCCGCAGCAUCAGACCUGAAACUUGGUAAAAAAGUUAAUGAAGGUAAAACAAAAGAAGUGUUCGAGCUGCCAGAUAUGCCGGGAUGCGUUCUCAUGCAGUCAAAAGACCAAAUAACAGCGGGGAAUGCGGCCAGGAAGGACCGAAUGGAGGGGAAGGCUGCCAUUUCUAAUACAACAACUAGCUGUGUGUUUCAGUUGCUGCAAGAAUCUGGAAUCAAAACAGCUUUUGUCAGGAAACAGAGUGACACAGCAUUUAUAGCAGCUCACUGUGAAAUGAUCCCAAUUGAAUGGGUGUGCAGAAGAAUUGCUACUGGCUCCUUUCUCAAAAGAAACCCUGGUGUUAAAGAAGGGUAUAAGUUCUAUCCACCCAAAAUUGAGAUGUUUUACAAGGAUGAUGCUGCUAAUGACCCACAGUGGUCUGAAGAGCAGAUAAUUGAAGCAAAAUUCUGUUUUGCUGGACUUACUAUUGGCCAGACUGAAGUGGAUAUCAUGGCUCGUUCUACUCAAGCUAUUUUUGAGAUCUUGGAAAAAUCAUGGCAGCCUCAAAACUGCACUCUCGUAGACCUGAAGAUUGAAUUUGGUGUUAAUGUUCUGACAAAAGAAAUCGUUCUUGCUGAUGUUAUUGAUAAUGAUUCAUGGAGGCUGUGGCCAUCAGGAGACAGAAGCCAGCAGAAGGACAAACAGUCCUACCGUGACCUGAAAGAAGUGACUCCUGAAGCACUGCAAAUGGUUAAGAGAAACUUUGAAUGGGUUGCAGAAAGAGUGGAGUUGCUUCUGAAAACAAAGAGCCAAGGUAGAGUUGUGGUGCUGAUGGGAUCUCCCUCUGACCUCAGUCACUGUGAAAAGAUAAAAAAGGCAUGUGCAACCUUUGGAAUUCCAUGUGAGUUAAGAGUGACCUCUGCUCACAAAGGGCCGGAUGAAACCCUGAGGAUCAAAGCCGAAUACGAAGGAGAUGGAAUCCCAACAGUGUUUGUUGCAGUAGCUGGCAGAAGCAACGGUUUGGGACCAGUAAUGUCUGGUAACACUGCUUACCCCGUUGUCAACUGUCCUCCGCUCUCAGCUGACUGGGGUACUCAGGAUGUGUGGUCGUCUCUCAGACUACCCAGUGGUCUUGGCUGUCCUACUACUCUGUCACCUGAAGGAGCUGCCCAGUUUGCUGCCCAGAUAUUUGGCUUAAACAACCAUUUGGUGUGGGCCAAACUGCGAUCCAACAUGUUAAACACCUGGAUCUCCUUGAAGCAGGCUGACAAAAAACUUCGAGAGUGCACCUUGUAAGUCAUCCCAACAAGUAACUGCCAUUAGUUAUGCAAAGAGAAUGGCGUGCAUAUUCAUUCAUAUUAGGAUUUACACUAGGGGGAGCAUGGAAGUUGUGCAUCCUUUCUUACAGAGAAAGCAUUGACAGAGCAGCAGAUGAGGUCUGUUGUGUCCUCAUCCUUCCCAUGUGUAUUUUUUUUUUUUAAUAUAUAACAACUUAGUCAGAGAUGGGGAAGUAGUAUUUUAGGUAUCCCUUUCUGUUGCUCCAAAAUGGUGCUGUUUGGCUUUUUAGUGUAUACUGUUAACUACAGACUAUUUCAAGAGAAUGACUUGGUACAAUCUAAGUAGAAUUCAACUAGUACUCUGUAUUUCUGUGACAGUAAUAUUCUUCCAUAGUAAUAAUGUAUGUCUUGAACCUUAUUAACUUGACUGGGCUGCUAACUGAAGCCAGUGCUGAUGCUGUUCUGCUUGCAAUGAAGGUAUGCUUUCCUUAGCAAUAAAAUGGCAACAUACGCUAUAUUAAAAGGAAAAGGGGCUGGAAAAGUGAUUUAAGAGCUUGAAAUAAAUACCUGCCUUAUUUAAAAAAUGUA